CUCCAGUCCGCAGACGGCGAUGUGCGUCUUUCAGGCGUUGCUACCAGCGUGACGUAUAAUCUAGUGGACGGGACGGGAAGUUUCUUCAACAAUAGCUUGUCAGCCACCUCCGUAGCUUGUUAGCCAAUAUAGCCGAAACGUAUUAGCUCUUUAGACUAUAUUGGUCCCUGUGUUUUAAACAUACUUAUUUCGUAUAGCUAGUUUCCCCAUUUAAUUAAAUAUAUGCGUUAAGUUAGUAGCUAGCUGGAUUGCUAAAUUAGCUUAGAACCAGGCUAGUCGUUAAUGCUAACUAGCUAACAUCCCCGACCAUGAGCUCACUAUUCUACUCUCCUCCAGCUAAACAAGAGGGGAUCUGCUGGACGGAGAAAGAAGCUCUGGGACUGAACAUUGUCGUGAAAGAAGAAGCGGAGGAUAUUACAGUAAAAGGAGAGGAAGAAGCUUUCAGAAUGAAAGAGGAGGAAGAGGAGGCUAUCAGUAUCACGUUUAAAGAAGAGAAGAACGUUACAGUGAAAGACGAGAAAGAACCUUUUAGAGUGAAAGAUGAAGAGGGGAUAGAGGCUGUCACAGUGGAUGAAGAGGAGGUAGAAGCUUUCAGAAUGAAAAGGGAGGAAGAGGAGGAUGUAACAUUGAAAGAAGAAGAAGAAGAGGAGGAGGAUGUUAUAGUGAAAGAAGAGAAAGAACCCUUUGUAGUGGAAGAGGAGGCUAUCUUAAGAAAAGAGGAGGAGGACGUUUUGGAAGAGGAAGAGGAGACUGAAGAUCUGAUUAACACCAGAGAGGGACCAGACUCUCACUCUGACAGCAGGAAGAGUCCUUCAGGGGAGCCAGACCCAGAGACGUCCAAACCAGCGAGACCACACCACUGCUCCCACUGUGGAAAGAGUUUUACCCGGUUCUGGAACCUAAAACAGCAUGAGACGAUGCACACAGGAGAAAAGCCUUUUCAAUGCUCCCAGUGUGGAAAGAGUUUUACCUGGUUAAGGGCCCUGAAUAGGCAUGAAGAACUACAUACAGCAGGGAGGAAGACCUACCAAUGCUCCCAGUGUGGAAAGAGUUUUACUCAGUUAGGAAGCCUGAAAAUACAUGAGAGAAUCCAUACAGGAGAGAAGCCUUACCCCUGCUCCCUAUGUGGAAAGAAGUUUACCAUGUUAGGCAAUCUUAAAAAGCACGAGAAAAUACACUCAGGAGAGAAGCCUUACCACUGUUCCCUGUGUGGCAAGAGUUUUACCCAGAUAGGGAGCCUGAAAACACAUGAGAGAAUGCACACAGGAGAGAAGCCUUACUACUGCUCCCAGUGUGGCAAAUAUUUUUCUCAUUUAGAGACCCUGAAAAUACAUAAGAGAAUACAUACAGGAGAAAAGCCUCACCACUGCUCACUGUGUGGAAAGAGUUUGACCACUUUAGGCAAUCUAAAAGAGCAUGAGAGGACACACACGGGAGAAAAGCCUUUUAAGUGUUCCCUCUGUGGAAAGAGUUUUACCCAUUUAGCGAGCCUGAAAAGGCAUAAAGGAAUACACACAGGAUAAAAGCCUUACCAAUUCUCCCAGUGAGGAAAGAGAUUUUCACGAUUACAGGACCUUACAUCACAUGAGAGGACACACCUGACCACUGCUCCCAAUGUGGAAAGACUUUUACCUUGUUAGGGAUCUUGAAAACAUUGAGAGUAAACAUAGGAGAAAAGAUCUUCCACUGUUCUCAGUGUGGAAUAAGAUUUUACCCGGUUAUGUAACCUGAAAGAGCAUGAAAGAACUCAUACAAAUACACAGGAGGAGAAGACAUACCACUGCUCUCAUUGUGGAAAGACAUUUUCCCAGUCAGAGGACUUGAAAACACAUGAGAGAAUAGACUCUGUGUUCUGACUUAUGUUUUUGACCUGAGAAUUUGGGGAUUUGUUUAAUACCACAUUAAAUCAUACUCAAAAAAAGGUUACAGGAAUUCCCACCU